UCCUAAAUGCAGACUGCAUCAAAAUGUCCACCCGACAGUAUUUUGUCACUGGCGUCUUCUUUGCCGCUACUCUUCUGGGAGUGGGUGCCUUUAAUGGAUAUUACGAAUAUUACACUCACACAUGCAAUUUCAACCUAAAGAAUUUGAGUGAUGUCGAGUACAUUUUUUCCAAAUGGUUUAACAAGGCUCUUUACCUACGGUUUAAUAGCACUGUGGGGUUGUUUGUGGGAUACAAUCCACAUGGAAUGUAUAUUGCAGAUGUAUUGAACGAAGAUGAAGCGCAGCUGAAAUAUUGGCGGGGGGUGACGGACAGCUACUGCAAGCCCAAUGAUCAAAUUGAUUCUGAUAACAUACUGUCAAAGACAGGAACUUUUUUCCUAGUGAAAUAUACAACCUUUGACUUUGAGACAGAAAAUUUGAAACCCCAAUCAACUCCCCACUCUUCAAUUGAGCCAGAGGUGAUACUAAGUAUGCGCAGGCCUUCCAGCGGUGACCAGCCUGCCGUGUUGAUCUGCAGCGCGUACAACUUCUUCCCGAAGAUGAUCAAUGUCACAUGGCACAGAGAUGGCCAGGAGGUGACCGGUGGGGAUGUGAUCUCCAGUGAGGAGCGGGCGGACGGAGACUGGUACUACCAGAUGCACUCCAACCUGCAGUUCACCCCCAAAGCUGGAGAGAAGAUCUCCUGUGUGGUGGAGCACGCCAGCCUGAAGGGGCCCAAGGAGUUGGUCUGGGACUCCCCCAUGCCUGAGCUGGAGAGGAACAAGAUUGCCAUCGGGGCAGCUGGUCUGGUGCUGGGCCUCAUCGUCACUGCUGCCGGCUUCAUCUACUACAGGACCAAAGCCAGAGGUCUGCUAUGAGCAACACCAGCAAAACAUCCAGCACUCAGGACAUACUGUAUACGCUAACAUGACACUCUAUGACCUUAGACAUUAAUGGCAUGCAGACAAGUUUGUAUUGAUUUAAAUGGAGAAGCAGUGCUGGUGAACUGAACUACGUUAUUGAUUUAAAGUAUUAAAUCGCGGUCGCAUCGAACCGGUCGACCUCGAAGGCCGUUAUCCCUUAGCCUACUUAUUACCUCCGCCAAAAUGAUCUUGUCCACAUUAAAUAAACUCCAAACAGAUUCCAUUAAAAAACAAAAAUAAUAUAUUUAUUCAUAGCUGUAUAUUAUUGUCAAAGAAACAAUCAUCAUAUAUGAACCUGUCAAAAAUAAUUUUGAACAAUUGCAUCCCUUAAUACUCUUGGGCUUGAAAAUGUGGGUCUCUCCUUCUCAGAUUAAGAAGCAUGGACAAGUAUGUUGAUUUGUGGCGUGCUCUUUAUCCAAGCUUUUCAGUUUCCUUCGGAUGCUCUUUGGUAGGCCUACAAGGUCAAAAUCCAGAAGUCAAAAAAGAGAAAAUGUUUUCUCAGACUGGUUUAAAACCAGUCCAUAAAGGACAUAUUUAAUUUAAUAAAGACGUUUUAAUGGAGUGCCUUAGUCCGAGAAAACAUUUUCUCUUUUUUGACUUCUGAAGAAUGGACAUUAUUUUGUUAACUAUUGGAAAUGUUUUAUUUAAGAUGUUUUCAGUAUAUUCGCAAUGCAUUUGUUAAUGUACUGUAUGGUUUUUUUUUUCUCUUUGUUGUGGCUCAGAUGAGGGGUCAUAAAAUAAAUUAUAAAUGGAGGUUCAUGUUUAUGUUUUGUAUCAAAAUAAACACUUAAAGUGACCCCA